AAGCGGCAACCAGUGCAGUAAGCGGCGCGCGGAGAGCCCGGACCGCGCCAUGGCUCUGCGCGCUUUGUUUAUCUUCUCGGCGCUUAUCGCCGGCGGCGCCGCUGUGUACAGCAGGGAGCGCGACCGCCUCCGCGCCAACCCCAGCCUUUACGAUCGUUCGUGUGAACUAAGCUCCUGUUACCCGGCCACAGGCAACCUGCUCAUUGGCCGUGAAUCGAGACUCUUCGCAUCCUCCACGUGUGGUGGAAUGGGACGUGAACGUUACUGCAUUGUGUCGCAUUUGGAACCAAAAAAAUGCUUUUGGUGUGAUUCAACCAACAGCACCAUUCACAAUCCUUAUCUAAAUCAUCGGAUUCAAAACAUUAUCUACAAAUACUAUCCGGGAACACGAACCAAAUCCUGGUGGCAGUCUGAAAAUGGCAAAGAAAAUGUGACCGUGCAACUGAAUAUGGAAGCUGAAUUUCAUCUUACGCAUUUGAUAAUACAAUUCAAAACUUUUCGACCUGCUGCUAUGUUGGUAGAGAGAUCUUUUGAUUUUGGAAAAACUUGGCGCGUGUAUCGAUACUUUGCCCACAAUUGCGAUGAUUAUUUCCCUGGUGUACCAAAGCAUACGCAGCGCUCUUUGACUGAAGUGGUUUGUGAAUCGCGUUACUCUGGCGUAUCUCCAUCAACAGAAGGUGAAGUGAUAUUCAGAGUCUUGCCACCAAAUAUAAACGUGACCAACCCUUACUCGGAAGAAGUGCAAAAUUUAUUACGGAUGACCAAUCUUCGAAUAAAUUUCACAAAACUGCAUACUCUGGGUGAUGAUAAACUGGAUAAUCGGGCUGAAAUACAAGAGAAGUAUUAUUAUUCCAUUUAUGAAAUGACAGUUAGAGGAUCUUGUUCCUGUUAUGGGCACGCAUCUCGUUGCUUACCAAUGCCAGGAGUAGAAUCGAAAAACAAUAUGGUACACGGACGCUGUGAAUGUACGCAUAAUACUCGUGGCCUGAACUGUGAAUACUGUGAGGACUUUUACAACGACCUUCCGUGGCAACCUGCAGUUGGAAAAACUUCCAAUGCUUGUAAGAGGUGCACAUGUAAUAAUCAUGCAACAACUUGUCAUUUCGACCCUGCAGUUUACAAUAAAACGGGCAAAAUAAGUGGAGGUGUUUGUGAUAAUUGUCAGCAUAAUACUAUGGGUGUAAAUUGCGAACGUUGUAAACCGAAGUUUUAUAAAGACCCUAACUUAGAUAUCCAGAGUCCAGAUAUAUGUAAAGCUUGCGACUGCGAUCCAGAAGGCUCAACAGAUAAAGAAAUACUUUGUGAUGAUGAAACAGAUGUUGCCAACAACAAAACAGCAGGGCGCUGUCUUUGCAAGAAAUACGUUGACGGGCCGAGGUGUGAUAGAUGUAGUGAAGGGUAUUGGAACUUUGAUCCUCUUAACCCUGAGGGAUGUGAGUCUUGUACUUGUAAUAACUUAGGUACAGUCAACGAAAGGGGAUGCGAUGCAGAAACUGGCAAAUGUUUCUGCAAACGACACGUUAUUGGAAGAAAUUGUGAUCAGUGUUUACCCGAAUUUUACGGGUUGUCGGACAGUGAUGAUGGUUGUCAACCUUGUGAUUGCGAUGUUGGUGGUUCAUUUGACCGGGAUUGUGAUGUGAUUACAGGACAGUGUAAAUGUCGACCAAAUGUUUCUGGUCGUCGUUGUGAUCAACCUAUACAAAACUUCUUUGUUGGAGCGCUCGAUGCAAUUGUUAUUGAAGGUGAAUCAAGUCAAUGUGAUUCUCAAAUAGAUGAUAACGCUAUUCAAAGUCAGUUGUGCCAUGUUGUUAUCAGGGAAAACUAUCCAGAUGGUAGGAAGGAGACAUGGACCGGGCCUGGUUUUAUGAAACUGCCUGAAAGUAGCACACUUGUUUUUAUAGUUAAUAAUUUAGAUACAACAAUGAAUUAUAACGUAUUAAUAAGAUAUGAGCCGCAGUCACCUGUCAGUUGGGAAGAGGCAACCAUAUUAGUUAAAAGGCCAUUCCCGAUUGAUCCAAACUCCGCGUGUGCAAACGUUCAACCAGAAGAUGAUACUUUAUAUACUACUUUGCCGGCAAAUCAACGUAGUGUAUUAGUAACCCCACCAGUAUGCUUGGAAAAAGGCAGGAAAACCGAAAUUCGCAUUUAUUUAGGACGUCAAGACGGACAUUCUCCAAACUCAAGAGCAUCAAUAUUGAUAGAUUCUAUUGUUCUUAUUCCAUCUUUCAAUGAUGUUCCAUUUUUAUCCAAUUCUAGUAACAACCCAAUGAGAGAAGAAUUCGAUAGGUUUAAUUGUGGCGAUCCCUAUUAUUAUGACUUGAAUAGAGAAAAUGUUCCUGAAAUAUGUAAAAAAUAUCAUGCUAGUAUUGGCUUCUACAUCAGAAACGGAUCUCAAUCUUGUCAGUGUGACCCUACUGGAUCCAAGAGCCAUCAAUGUGAUCAAUAUACUGGUUAUUGUCAAUGUGUUGAAAAUAUAGUUGGGGCUAGAUGCGAUCGUUGCGCGCCCGGAACAUACGGAUUCAGCAAGUUUGGAUGUAAGCGCUGUGACUGUAAUAGUAUAGGCUCUCUCGAUAACUUCUGCGAUGCAACAAGUGGACAGUGUAAAUGUAGAGCAAAUACGUACGGGCGAGCUUGUGACUUAUGCCAGCCUGGCUAUUUCAAUUUCCCCAAUUGUCAACAAUGUGAUUGUAAUGGACACGCCAUCGAAUGUGACGAUAAAACAGGAGCGUGUAGAGAAUGCACAGACUUUACUGAAGGACACCGUUGUGAAAGAUGCAUUGAAGGAUAUUAUGGUGAUCCAAGAUUAGGCAUUGACAUACCUUGUAGAUCAUGUCCAUGCCCUGGAGUUGUAGGUGAUCCUAAUAAGAGCAGCCAUGCUGAUCGUUGCGAAUUAGAUCCCGAGUCAAAGGAUGUUGUCUGUGAAUGCAAAGAAGGCUAUGCUGGACCUCUGUGUGAUGUCUGCGCUGACAACUAUUAUGGAGAUCCAAUAAAAGGUACCUGUGAACAGUGCGAAUGUAGUGAAAACAUAGAUAUAACUAAACCUGGAAAUUGUGAUCCUUACUCAGGCAAGUGUCUACAGUGCCUCCAUAACACUGCAGGUGAUCAUUGCGAAGUGUGCGCUGAAGGAUAUUACGGAAAUGCUUUGGAGAAGACAUGUUACCCAUGUAAUUGUUCUGAAUUGGGCACUAACUUUACAAUAGGCAAUUGUGACAGAAAUACCGGCCAGUGCCCAUGUUUCAAAAAUGUGAUGGGCAUUAAUUGUGAUCAAUGUACUGAAAAUCAUUGGAGGAUAGCAUUAGGCACUGGUUGUGAUCCUUGCGAAUGUGAUCCUAUUGGGUCAUUAUCACCACAAUGUAAUCCAUACAUAGGAAAAUGUGAAUGUAAACCAGGUCAUGGAGGUAGACAGUGUGACCAGUGUCAAGAAAAUCAUUGGGGUAUUCCAAGUGUUGAAUGUUAUGAAUGUGAUUGUGACUUAUAUGGUUCUGUAUCACGCCAAUGCAUGCGAGAAAAUGGCUCAUGUAUUUGCAAACCAGGAAUCGGUGGAUAUAAAUGCGAUAUGUGUGCGAGAGGCUAUUUAGGUGAAGCCCCAAGAUGCUACGCAUGCGGCGAAUGCUUCGACAAUUGGGAUAGAUUGAUCAACGACUACCAAAUACAAACAGAGUACGCUAUUGGAAAUGCUAGUAAAAUCAAAGUUGUGGGUGCUACUGGAGCCUACACAAGAGACUUUGAUGAAAUGACCAAAAAACUUUCUGAAGUAGAAAACAUGCUUGCCAGUGCAAAACAAGGACAGACGACAGUAAAAGAUUUAAUGUCCAAUGUGACAAGCCUGCAAAACCUUUUGGCCGAAGCGGACAAGAAAGUUAAAGAUAGUAAUGAAAAUCUCAAUGCCCUAACAUCUAAAAUCAGUCUCGGAAAUGUUACUUUAGAAGGCUUAAGAGCAAGUAUUGAUCAUCUUAAGAGUAAAACUACUGACUUAGGUAAUAACGCUACAAAAUUGCAAGAAGCUAAUUUAGAAGGUGCACUUAAUCUAACGCGUGAAGCCAAACAAAGAGCCGUAAAAGCUGCAGACGACGCUGAAAACGUACAAACAGUGAUUGCAAAUACAGACCGACAAAUAAAAAAUACAGAUCGGCUAAUUGAAAUACAAUACGCCAACUUCAAUAACACCCAAAACGAAAAUGACAAAAAGUUAGAUGAUAUUCGAGAUCAACUAUCAAAACUGGAAUCACAAAUGCCAAAACUCAAUGAAAAAAUGUGUGGUCAAGAAAGUGAUACUUGUGAUAUUUGUGGUGGCGCCGGAUGCGGAAAAUGUGGUGGGAUAUCUUGCGACCAGGGAGCUGUUACUAAAGCUGAACAAGCUUUAGAUUUUGCAAACAAGACCGAAUAUAGAAUAAAAGAACAUGAACUCACUGCCGAGGAUUUGUUUAAAUUAAUUUCUCAAGUUAAACAAGAUACUGUGGAUGUCAGAUCUAGAGCAAAAGACUUAUCUGGUAAAGCACAACAUUUUAAAACAUCAGCAGAAAGAGUUACAAAUGAAAGCCAAGAAUUAACUUCUGAAUUAAAAGAAUUUCUUUCAAACACGUCUAACACUCCAGCAGAUGUUAGAACUCUUGCAAAUGAAAUACUCAACUUAUCCAUUAGUAUAGAGCCCAAAGAAAUAACGGAACUGUCUCAGCGCAUCAAUGCAUCGGUAUCACAGCUGACAAACAUUGAAAAUAUAAUUGCAGAAACCAAACCUGACUUAGAACGAGCUAAGGCUUUGAAGCUAAAUGCUACUACCGUAAAUAAAGCUGCAAACUUAACUUUAGAGAUGGCAAAUAAGGUGUUGGACGCUUUAGACGAAGCACAGGCAGCCCAAGAUGCUGCAGAAAAUGCAAUUGCUAAAGCCAAUAAUGAUAUUGAAGUAGCCAAAAAUGACUUAGUGCCUAUAGCGACUGAAACUGAACAAGCGCAGAAACAAGCAAAUGAGACAAAAGAAGAAGUUGAAGGUUUGCGCUUACGUCUUUCUGAUUUACAGAAGGACAUUUUGAAAAUAGAAAGUGACGCGGAGCAGGUGAAACAAGAAGCCAGUGAUGUUGUGACGCGCGCUGAAAGUGCUGAGCAAUCAGCAAGGCAAUUAAGACAAGAUUUCAAACACACCAAUAUGUCUCUGGCUGAACGUGCAAGUCAGACCUCAAACUCAAGAGAAAAAGCGCAAUUCUUACUAAAACGUGCUACUAAGCUAGCUAGUGACACUCAGUCUCAGCUGAAACUUCUAGCUAACAUGGAAGUUCUGUAUAAUGAUUAUAAUGAGCAGUUAAAUACAUUAGAAAAGGAAAUCGGUGAGCUUAAUACUCAAAUGAACUAUUACCUGUCUGAAAUCACAAAGCGGUCUGACAACUACAGGUCAUGCACAACGUAAAAACUCAUCUUGUUGUCGGCGGAAUUGUAUUAACUGAUAUUUUCUGAUUAUUGUUACUGUUUCCAUUUGUGCCAUAUUGCUGUGAGUUUCACAAUGUUAAUCAUUGUUCGUUAUAAUAGUAAAGUAUGUAGUCUAACUACAUGUGUUUGUAUUAUAUUGCAAAGAAGUGUGGGUUGUAAACGAAGGUAACAACAUAAUGCUUUUCUUAAAAUUUUGUCGCUGUAAUUUACAUUUUCAAUGUUUUUUUUCACAUGUGUUAAAAAUAAUUCUAUAUAUACAUGCAUACAAUUGCUUCGACAUUUUUAUAAUCUUAAUAAAUAAUAUUGUUUUAAUAUAAUCAAGAGCAAUAAUAAUGUGUUUUGAUUUCCAGUGAGUGGCACCAACAAAUUACUUGUGUUAGAAUAAAUUAAUGAAUUAGCUUCAGAAUCAAUAUUCAAGAAAAUAAUUAAGUUCAUCAACAAAAUUAGUGGUAAUCGAUUGUAAGUUAUAAAUAUAUUUUGUAUGUUUAUUUAGACAAAUAUUCCAAAGAAAAUAGUCACUAUUACUUAUGUGGUGGCAUAUCAAUUUACAUCUAAAAUGUAAACCUUUGUGUAAUUCAGAAAAGAUAGUUCUCUACAACUAAUGUUAAUUGUAGGUAAUUUAUGAUCAUUAUAUUAUGUUUUGUGCUGUUUUCUUCCAUGAAAUAUAUUUCUGUGUGUAUGUAUGAAAUAUUUUAUAUAGAUUGUAUUUACAUAAACUAACAGUACGUAGGUAUUGUACUGAAAAAGUAGCAAUACUGAUUACAUCGUGCUAUAAUAAGUAUUUUAUAAUGCGUAGGACAUCGUGUUAAAUAGUGAUUUUGGAUCUUGUAAUUUUUACCUAUGACUCGUAUUGUUAAAUACCGUUUGUGUUCAAUAGGCACGGAGAACAAAUCUGUUAAAAAAGGGAAUUCAUUCAGCAGCUAGUUUCUUUUACAUUUUAAGCUUAUAUGUAUGAUUGUAUUUUCUUAUGUAUUUACAUUUGAGUUAACAGUUUGUCUUGAUUUACAAAUAUAUUGUUUAAGUAUAGAGUUUGUGGAGUGCACAGCAUGCAUUUAAACAUUGAGAUAGUUUCUUUGAUUCCAAACAUUUAGUCAUAAUAUUGCAUUUGAGACGCUAUUCUUUAUUUCCUAUGAUAUUGUAAUAUACGAGGCACCAAUACUUAAUUGUUAAUAAAAUAUUGCCAUAAA